UUCUAUCCAAUCACAGAUGAUUUGAUUCUCAGCUGAUUCAAACAGUUCAAAGUAGAAGUUGUGCAGAGUGCUUGGCGUUUACUCUUUACAGAGCUGGGAACUCGCAGUGUUUUGGGGGCUGACAUCUGUGCGCUGACCGCUGCUUUUCAUGGAGGAUGGCUACGCGUGUCCGACCGAGCAACAAACGGUGCGCGGUGAUCGGGGGGUCCGGUUUCCUGGGCCGACAUCUGGUCGAGAGGCUUGUGGAACGCGGUUAUUCGGUUUCUGUGUUUGACAUCCGUCAGAGCUACGAGCUCCCAGGCGUCACUUUCCACCAGGGAGACCUCUGCGACACACAGGACCUGCUCCCGGCCCUGAAGGACGUGUCGCUGGUUUUCCACUGUGCCUCGCCGGCCCCGGCCAGUGAUGACCGCGCUCUGUUUGAAAGGGUGAACAUCGAGGGCACGAAGACGGUUAUUAAAGCCUGCGUCGAAGCUGGAGUGCAGAAACUGGUUUUGACGAGCAGUGCCAGUGUGGUGUUCGAGGGGAUAGACAUUAAGAAUGGCAAAGAAGAUCUACCGUAUGCCAAGAAGCCCAUUGACUACUACACACAGACCAAAAUUGAACAGGAGAAGCUGGUUCUUGAGGCCUGCGACAAGCUGAAGGGUUUCCUCACAGUGGCCAUCCGGCCUCAUGGCAUCUUCGGCCCACGAGACCCUCAGCUGGUUCCCAUCCUGGUGGACACGGCUCGCCGGGGGAAGAUGAAGUUCAUCAUCGGCGACGGCACCAACCUGGUAGACUUUACAUAUGUGGAUAAUGUCGUCCACGGACACAUCCUGGCUGCGGAGCGCCUGCGUCCGGACUCCCCCAUCUGUGGCAAACCGUAUCACAUCACCAACGACGAGCCCGUUCGCUUCUGGGACUUCAUGUCCCACGUGUUGGUGGGUCUGGGAUACGCUGCUCCACGCUUCCACCUCCCCUACGCGCUGGUGUACGGGCUGGCCCUGCUGCUCUGGCUCCUCGCCUGCAUCCUGCGUCCCUUUGUGUCUUUCAAACCCACGUUCACACCUAUGAGAGUGGCCCUGGCCGGAACCCACCACUACUACAGCUGUGAACGGGCCAAAGAGCACCUGGGCUACAAACCCGUCGUUAGUCUGAAGGAGGCGAUUGCUCGCACGGUGGAGAGCUACCCUCACCUUAGGCAUGGGACUUGAUGUAAGGACAGAUAGAAACGGUCCAGUCGUCAUUGCUUUGCACAACUCUUGUUGAUUAGUUUGCUCUAAAUGGACAUUUAGAGAAAUGGGACUCUCUCUUAGACAUGACUUAAUGCUGAUAAAGCUCCAUGUGCCUUCUCAACGCGUAUACCACCACCAGAUGGCAGCAAAAGGCCCUUGCAUUUGAAUUUUUUUCAUUUAUUCUAGUGUCCUUAAAUGGUGUUAUACUUUGUGAAAGCAUAAAGGAACCAUUUAGAACAUCUUUUUCCAGUAGAUAAAUUACAGUGAAUUUCUGUUCUGACUACAUUUGUGUGUCAUGUGUAUGUUAUGUACACAAAGCCUCAAUACAUUCCUCUCACUGAUGUCGCUCUUGUUUAUAUAAAGAAAUUGGCGGGAUGAAAAUCAGUUUAUGAAACACAUUUUUUCAAAAUUGUUUCCUUUUCACCAAGGAUAGGUUUGACAGAGUUCCAUGCCAGUGAAUUUAUCUAUCUAUCUAUUUAUCGCCUCAUAUUUUAUAGCCUCGUAGAUUAAAAAGGUUUAUUUUCUGAAGCACAAAGUCAGUGCCCAUGUGAACAUUUUUCUUAAAACUAAAAAGACUACUCUGUGUGCUUUCA